AGAGCUUAAGCAGGAUAAAUAGUCAAGUAUAAAUACUGAGAAUGAGGUAUGAGAAAAUCAAUCAGAUAAGAUGUCAGCUAAUUAGCGAAAUAGAACCAGAACCAGAACCAGGUCCAUGAAACUUCUGUGGUUAUUAGUGUUGUUAUUUAGUGGGCUUGAAGUUAAUUCAGCUGCUAUUCUCAGUCGUGAAAUUCAUGAGUCAUUUGCAGUAGGAGAUGAGAAUGGAGAAUUUCCAACUGAUUAUAGAAAAUUGGUUCAUUUUGCUGGUUUAGCAUCUUAUGCUUAUUGUAUUCAACAUGGUUUAACAACAGGAAAAUUGGGAGCUCGAAAUUCUCAUUGUCCAUUAGUAAAAUGUAAUUAUAAACAAUAUAAAGAUAUUGAAAUUAAACGAACAUUUAAUUACAAUGAUUGGGGAGAAGUUGGAUCUGGAUACUUUGCUAUAGAUCAUAAUUCAAAGAGAUUAAUUAUGGUUUUUAGAGGUACAGCUUCAACUACAGAUUGGAUAAGUAAUUUAGAUUUUGUACCUGUUAAGUAUAAACCUUUAUCUUCAACAGAGGAAUUUUCAAAGAUUACUGUAAAGGAUACUACUUGUAAAGGAUGUACAGUUCAUAGAGGAUUUUAUAACUUUUUAAGAAGAAAUAGUGGAGAAUUAAUUGAAGGAGUUCUUUCACAAAUUAAAAAAUAUCCUGAUUAUCAAUUAGUCAUUGUCGGUCAUUCAAUGGGAGCUGCAUUAUCAACUUUAACAGGUAUUGAAUUUCUGUUAUUAGGUUAUGAUCCAUUAGUUGUUAGUUUUGGAGCUCCAAAAGUUGGCAAUAAAAAGUUUGCACAAUUUUCUGAUAAAAUCUUUAAUACUGAAGGAAUUUCAGAUAAGAUUUAUAAUAAACAGGAUUUUGAUCGAGGAUUAAUAAGAGUAGUUCAUUAUAAUGAUGUGGUUCCAACUUUACCACCUACCAAAGCAUUUCAUCAUUCAGGCUUUCAAUAUUAUAUUGAUAAAAGAGAUAUACCACAUAAACCUCAAUAUUUGGUAAGAAGAGGAUUAGAAAAGAGAGAUUUGGAAGAGGAUAGUGAAUCUGAUAGUGACACUGAAAUAGAAGAAGUAGAAGAAGAAGUAGAAGAUAUAGAAGAAAGUUAUGAUCCUAAUGCUCCAGUAAAUGCCACAUCUUUUCGUUAUGGUAAUACUAAACUUUGGCCUGAAUAUUUUGGUAAAUACGAACAUACUUACUAUUUUAUUAAAAUUUCCGGGUGUAAUCCUGAAAAGGAGACAUUCUAGAUAAUUAUUAAUAUACUAAUUUA